AGUGGUUGUCUAGCUCUCCCCCAUUCUCAUUCUCAAUUCGUAUUCGAUUGGAAAGAUGUCGAAGUCUAAAAUAAUUCUUAUAUUUUUGUUCCUGCUGGGCAUUUUGCCUGAAUUGGAGAGCUACAAUUAUUUAUUCAUAGAACCGUAUGAACGUAACUAUUUGACCAACUAUUUCAAUGAUGCUAAUCUAAACGAACGUUAUGAGAGAAGUGAGUUCUCGUGCGGCCAUGGAACCACUGAAAAUAAACCGAAUUGUGCCAGCUCUGUGGGCACCGGUGAUCCCAAGAAGAUAGCCUAUGGCAUUGCCCAAAAGGCAGCUCUGGAUGCCAAGGCGGCGAGUGAUGCACAAAUUGGUGCCGCCGAGGCGGCAUCCCAACAGGUGAAAGCCGAAUUGGCCUACAAGGCCGAACAGUCGGCUAAGGCAGCCGAAGCGGCUUUGGCUGGCAAACAGCAAAUUCUCGAUCAAAUGCGUCUCGAAUUGGCCGAUGCUGAAGCCGCAUUGGGUAUUAUCACAGCGGCAAUGCCGAAAUUUGGUGAAAAUGCUGAAAUGUUGAAAGCAGUUUCCAUAAAAUCGGAGAAACAAGUUGCUUACAUGAAGAAAAUCGUUGAAAUCGCCAAUGCACAUUUGGAUAAUGAUAAAAAGGUGGCCAAGGGGGCACAGCAAGAGGUCGUUGAGAAGACAGCCCUGAUGACGGCAGCCAAGCAACGUGCCGAUAUUAUACACAAUCGUUUAGCAGAAGCCACCAAGGAUCUGGAUGCCACAAAGACGGCUGCCUAUAAGGCCUCCUGCGCUGCGGUCGAGGCCAAGCAAAAGGCUCAACGCUCGCGUCGUGAUUCCUGGCUCUAUGAUGAUCUGGAUUUGUGGCUUUAAAAUCCCAAAAAGAAACAAAAAACAAGUUCUAUGUUUUUAAUUUGUUCAUUUGAAAUUAUAUAGUUUGUGAUAAAAAGAGUUGUGGGGCCAGCUCUAACAAAAUGUA